AUGCUCAAUUCAAUCCUGUCUUGCACAGUUCGAAGAACUCCAGCAGUAGUGUCGCGUGCCCGACUCAUAGCACGGGUAGCCGGACCGUCCCUACUAUCGAGACGGAUCUCCCCACUGCUCGGACGGGCGUUUGCCACCCAGUCUGGACCCAAGGACUACUACGACGUCUUGGGGGUAUCUCGCAGUGCAUCUCAAGACGAUAUCAAGAAGGCUUACCGUAAGCUAGCGAUGAAGUGGCAUCCUGAUCGGAACCCCGACAACCGCAAUGCAGCGGAGGAGAAGUUCAAAGAUAUUGGAGAGGCCUAUCAGACGCUUGGUGAUGAAGACAAACGCAGACAGUACGACGCAUUCGGUAGUGGCUCGUCAUCUUAUGGUGCCGCCGGCAGUAGCACUAGUAGAGGCCCGUCUGGUCCUAGCUAUGGGGCCUCAGGACCCUUCCCAGGCAGUGGCUUCCCUCAGGGUGGCUUCACUGAAGACAUAUAUCAAUGGAAGAAGCCCAAGAGCUCUUUAAGGUAA